AUGGAUUUAAGGAAAGGUGGACACAUUGGGCGAAGCUUGAUAUUUGGGAAGGACAACCGCACUAUCAUCACAACCGAAUUCAACUGUAUAAUCGAGUGUAACAUCAAAACAGGAGAAGUUGUGUCGAAGAUGCCCUUCGACACAAAUGUGGUUGCGCUUAUUGAGAGUGACUCGGACCAAUUUUUUGUUGCUCUUACUAGUGGGCGUAUAGACCUUGUUAAUGGCGAGAAAAUGGAAACGGUGUGCACUUGGGAGAUUGGCAAACUAAUUCACAGAAUCGAAUACGUUGCACCGAAAUACUUCUUCAUCAGAUCAAGAAGUGAGAAUUUUGUAUUUGAACUCGACAUGAACACAUCAACUCCCAAUUUCAUCAAAACAGAAAAUGGGAUUCCAUCUUGUGAUGGAAGUUAUAUGUACACAUCCGUCAAAGACACUGUCAUCUGCACUGACCUUAACACUGAAAAGAAAAUGACUUUUGCUGGUGUAGACAAGAAAAGAAUUGUCAUGCUGAAGCAACACCCAACCGACCCACUUAAAGUCUAUGCCCAGACAGUAAAUGGGAUGGUGGUGCUUAUCUCAUUCGAUCCAAACGUUAAAGACGCGGAUUAUAUGUUUACGAGUUUCCACUGGCAUUCAAUUCAAUUUGAAGCAAUGGCUAUUUACACCGAUGCCACCAAAUUGUUGACAGGUGGAAAAGAAGGCGUUUUGGUGAUCUGGUCCUCUCCAAAAGAAAAAGAAUUUGUUAGCGGGUUGGGGUCAAAAAUUAAAGCAAUUUACACAAGCAAAGACAACAGAUACGCCGCUGUUGUUCUAGGGUUUAACACAAUUAGUAUUAUUGAUUUGGCUUCACAACGAAUUGUUAAAGAAAUCAGUGGGGUGUAUGCCGUUGAAAACGCCAAAAUGUGCAACGCAAUUAAAGGACAAAUUGUGAUCUAUGGAGACAGCCCUACCCUUCAAGUGUUCGACCCCAUGUCAGACAGACAAAUGUUUAAAGCAGAUGUCUCAAGACCAAAUGUCAUCAUUCUUGCGUUGGUCGGAGAAACACUACCAGAUGCACAUAUUCAACACGUUGCAUUUGUUGACGAAGACAGUUGGAUGGUGACUUAUGACACCCGUAAUGUCACAGAAAGGUAUAAGGAAAGUCACUUGAGAUUUUUCAAAAAGCAACCGAGCGGUGCCUUUGAGCAAAUGCUUAUUGUUCCUGAACCCACAAAAGGGAUGAUCACAUCCAUUGUAUCGAGUCGCUCUGGGAAAUACGUUGUGACGACAUCACAAGACCAUCUCUUCAAGAUUUGGGUGCUAAGCAACAGAGAAACACAACAGUCGAAAGGUGGUGUACUUUCAGAAGUGAUGUGGAAGUGUCGAUCAAUCGGUGCAUACUACGGAGAAGAGUCCUACAGCGCAACAUUCUCGAAUGAUGGAAGUGUUCUUGGUGUUAUGUUCCAGAACGCACUCACAUUUUGGGAUGUUCAAUCGAAUAAGAUCAUGUGCUGCAUACCAUGCAAGUCAACACUUGGCGAUAAGAUGUACUUUAUGGCUAAUAAUCGUUACGUCUUGACAACAAAUUCACAUGGCGUUGUUGCGUGGGAUGUGUUGUCACGCUCAGUCAACCAUAUUUACAAUGUAAAAAACCCCAAAGUUGUCGUUCAUGAUACAUCUUCACUCUUUGCAAUGUUAUUCAAAGAGAACCCAACAGACAAAAAGUCGUGUGUUGCACUUUUUGAUGUGGAGCAAAACAAGAAAGUGAGAGAAUUUGAAGUGGACGAAACAACUGAUCUCACAUUCUUUAAGACAGUCACAGAUGUCGAAUACAUCCUUACUAUGCACUCGGAUUUGACUACAUCAUUACUAUCACUUGAAGAUGUUGUUGAGAAAACACCUAAGGAGGUCUUUGCAUCAAAGAAGGAGGAAGAGACAAAAGGAAUUGAAAUCAGGAAAUUGGAGGUGGAUGACAUUGCGAACCAAAUAAAGACAGUCAAAAUAGUUGGCGAAAGUACUUUAGAUGCACUCGAGACUAACAUGGCUGACAUAAAUCAUAUCUUCAAUGUUGUCGUGAAUUGCUUAUUGAAAUGA